UAUUUUGUUUGUUUUGUGGCUUGGCAACCAUAACGCUAUAACACUCACACUUACAAUUUAAUGUACGAUAUACUUCCAUUGUUUAAAAAUAUUUGUUUUACAUUGCCAUGUGUAACAAUACAACACUGUUAAAAACUUAUUAAAAUUAUUAAAGAAUUACAUCUUUAUAGAAUAAAUAAUAAUAUCAAUCUAUUACAUAAGGAAAAAAAUAUUAAGGUGAAAUAUCAAUAAAUUGUUGUCAUAAUGUCAACAGAUUUUUAUAUACGCUAUUAUGUGGGUCAUAAAGGAAAAUUCGGUCACGAAUUUCUUGAAUUUGAAUUUAGACCUGACGGUAAAUUACGAUACGCAAAUAAUUCAAAUUAUAAAAAUGAUACAAUGAUUCGAAAAGAAGCAUAUGUGCAUCAAUGUGUGAUGGAGGAAUUGAAGAGGAUUAUUCAAGAUUCUGAAAUAAUGCAAGAAGAUGAUUCUUUAUGGCCACAACCAGACCGUGUUGGACGUCAAGAACUAGAAAUAGUAAUUGGUGAUGAACAUAUAUCAUUUACUACUUCAAAAACUGGUUCAUUAUUAGAUGUAAAUCAAUCACGAGAUCCAGAAGGAUUAAGAUGUUUCUAUUAUCUUGUACAAGAUUUGAAAUGCUUAGUAUUUUCUCUUAUUGGACUUCAUUUUAAAAUAAAACCUAUAUAAAUGUAUAAUUAUUAUGUAUUACAAAUUUAAGUAAUCUUAAUUAUUUCAUAUUAAAAAAAUACAUGAUUUAUAAUUAA